AUGGCCGGGUCCUUCAGCGACCUUAUCCUCUCAGAUCUCUUCACAUUCUAUGUCGGGACUGGCGAGAAGAAAGAGGUAGUCCGAGUGCACUCAAGAGCCAUUGCAGCAACCUGCGACUACAUGAAAAAUCUCAUAGAAGGAGAUAUGAAAGAAGCUCACGACCGGACCGCAAAACAGGACGUGGAACUUGAAGAAUUUUUACGCUUCGUUGAGUAUGCGUAUCGAGGUGACUUCACGGCCCCUUCUUAUAUUCUUGAGGAACGGAGCGCACAGGCUGAGGUUCUUGUGGCGGAUGUAGCCCAGUCCCCUCCAGCCGAAGUCAUCCCACCAGCACCCACUCCCCCUAUCUGGGGGCAAGCUGUAGUCGAGGCCGCAGAUGAUGCCCCAGUCGCUGCUGAUGGCGGCUGGGGUGACUGGGGUGUUUCGACGAAGAAGAAAAAGAAGGAGAAGAAGGUAAAGAGCAAGGUCGAUUUGUUCCGCACCGAGGAAUUCAACAAGCGUUACUACCUUCUGGAUGCCGGGCCACAAAUGGGCUUCGCUCCAGCUUCCAACUCCGCACCGGAAGAGAAUUUCACGCCGGUCUUCCUGGCUUAUGCGCGGCUAUACUGCUUUGCGGAAAUGCGCCUCAUCCAUGGACUCAAGGCCAGUACUUUACAUAAGCUUCACUUCGCAUUGUCAAGUUUUACGCUGUACCCAGAGCGCAUUGGGGACGUCGUUGAACUUGCUCGAUACACGUAUGAGAAUACGCCGAAUAGAAGAGCGGAUGGGACGGUCGAUGAGCUAAGGAAUUUGGUCGUGGAUUAUGUUGCUUGCGAAAGCGCAGAGAUUGGGAAAAGCAACGCUUUCAAGGAGUUGCUUGAAGAAGGAGGAGAGUUCGUGAGCGACCUUUGGAAUGUCGUGAGCAAGCAUGUCAUUUGAAGCUCGAUGCGUGCGUGCGGAUAUGAGAACAACUUGAGUGUUGAACCAUGCUACAGGCCCAUCCUCCAGUUCAACAUGACUGAAAAGGCUCUGAGUAGCUUAAGAAUGCAACCG